AUGGGCAUGACAGGGAACCCAGGCCAGUCCGCGCCGCCGGGAGCACGAUCCACCCGAGCGCCGAUGACCAUUUGUCAGGCGCCGCGGGAACUGAACCCGAAGCCCGAGUUGAUGCGUAAACGCGAGACCCAGUGGCUGAUCCCUGUUCACGGGGACGAGUCGCUGGGGGCGUGGCAGCGGCGCCGGCAUCAGGCAGAGGUGGACUUGGGAGGCACGCAACCACGCCUCGCCCACGCCUCGCCCACCUCUUGCCCAUCUCUUGCCCACGCCUCGCCCACCUCUUGCCCACGCCUCGCCCACCUCUUGCCCACGCCUCGCCCACCUCUUGCCCACGCCUCGCCCACCUCUUGCCCACGCCUCGCCCAUCUCUUGCCCACGCCUUGCCCACCUCUUGCCCACGCCUCGCCCACCUCUUGCCCACGCCUCGCCCACCUCUUGCCCACGCCUAACCCACGCUUAGCUCACCUUUCGCCCACGCGUAGCCCACGCCUCGCCCACGCCUUGCCCACCUCUUGCCCACGCCUCGCCCACGCCUCGCCCACCUCUUGCCAACGCCUCGCCCACGCCUCGCCCACCUCUUACCCACGCCUUGCCCACCUCUUACCCACGCCUUGCCCACGCCUCGCCCACCUCUUGCCCAUGCCUCGCCUACCUCUUGCCCAUGCCUCGCCCACCUCUUGCCCACGCCUCGCCAUACCUCGCCCACGCCUCGCCCACCUCUUGCCCACGCCUCGCCAUACCUCACCCACGCCUCGCCCACCUCUUGCCCACGCCUCGCCAUACCUCGCCCACGCCUCACCCACCUCUUGCCCACGCCUCGCCUACCUCGCCCACGCCUAA